CAAAAACGCGAUGGAGUGUAAGAACUGCGAGCUGAGACAACGUCAGUACUAGUACUAUUGCGCAAACUGUCUCAAAAACCAGUUCGCAAAACACCUGUUAUGAUGCGCUGACUUUCCAUGAGAUGGACACGUUGCUUGUGCAUUCCGGGCAUUCAAUUCUAUCGAAGGCGCCUCCAAAUUCGUGCAGAGAUUGCACAAGCGAACCGCAGCCUCGAUCAAUUAGCAGUUGAUGGCCUUGCCAAAGUGAGAAGAGAUUGCAAGAGAAAGCGCGACCGCCUCCGUACACUCCGAGCAACACCUGCUGAGCGCAGACGCACACUUAACGCUGCACGCUUCCUUCCACCCCAAUCGCACACACUUACAAGGAGUCUCGGGCCUUGUCCAGGAGUUAGUAGAGGUCUUUCACGUUGUCGAAGUCGGCGGACAACCUGCAGUGGACGGGCGAUUAGGCGCAAAGGGAGAGUGGACCAUUGGUGGAUUGGUUCUUCCAGUACCAGGAGAUGUCGGACGUACGUCGCAAGUGCUUACUACGUGGAGAAUUAGACCGCACAGGACGUAUCAUAGGAUACCUACCGGAUCACAUCAACGCCGUGAUCACUCAUACCAUUCACUUUCUGGGAUUUCUUACUUUUUACAUAGGUAUCAAACUCCCCUUUUAUCAUGGGCAAAGUGUGUCGGCUCUA